ACCCUAGGAACACAACCUAGGGUUCUGGGAGGUCUGGGAAGGGAGAUUAAAAUACAAAUUAAAUUCAUGGGCUUCAGAGCUAGGCUCUGGGUUCAAAUCCUGUGUUUCCAUUUUGAGGGAAGGGUGCUCCUUUGAUCUCUUGUGGCCCAGGCUGGGCUCCAAUUUAUGUAGCUAAAUAUAACUUUGAACUUCUGGGCUCCCUGCUUUCACCUCCCAAGUGCCAGAAUCACAGGCACAUACAUGCGUGCUGAAUACAUGUGAUGCUGGAGAUGAAUCCAGGGCCACAUGCGUGCUAGGCAAAGCUCUGUCUGUCCAGUCUACUUUCUCUGUAGCCCUUCUUUUAGUGUUUUUCAAGACACAAUCUCAGAUUCUUUCUAUAUAACCCAGGCUGGCUAUAGACUCCUGGAAAGCCUCUGAUUUUAGUCUCAUGAGUUCUGGUGUGUCCAACUAUACCUGCCUGGGCAGCUUCAGGCUAUACCUUUGUCUUCCCUUCUUCCCUUUCCCAUCUGUAAAAUGGGCAGCUGGAAUCCCCUUUGCAUGACCGGUGGAGUAUGUGAAUUGCCAGAAAAGGGUUCUUGGUCUUUGAACGUGGAUGCUGGAGAGGUAGCAUUGAUCCCAUUGGUGGAGACAGGACUCAAAAUUUAGUGGUGCCUCAACUUAAUGUCCCCUUUCUGUCAGAAGCAACUUAGGGGCUGCGGUGGUACAAAGGCUGGGUACAGAAGGCAGGUGUGAUGAUGGUUCAUGCCUGUAGCCCCAACAUAACACAGAGGUGGAGAGAGGCAGGAGGAUCAAGAGUUCAAGGUCACCCUCAUUUACACAGGCAGCGUGUAGCCAGCCUGCACUACCAGGAGACUUUGUCUCCAACGUACAAAGAUGGCCGAAUCUGAGAAACAGAUGUGUAGCCCCCUCUCUGCUCUCUGACGUUGCCAGAAAUUAGUUUAUAUUAGCUGAGUGCUUACCACAUAUGAGGAAUAGUCAAGGGGUUGGGGAUUUAGCUCAGCGGUAUAGCGCUUGCCUAGCAAGUGUAAGGCCCUGGGUUCGGUCCCCAGCUCCGGAAAAAAAAAAAAAAAAGAAAGAAAGAAAGAAAAAAGAGGAAUAGUCAAAGUACCUGUUGGUGUGUGUGUGUGUGUGUGUGUGUGUGUGUGUGUGUGUGUGUGUUUGCGUGUGUAAGACAGACUCCAGACUGGCCUCCAACUCACAGUCCUCUGACCUCAGCUUCCCAAGUGUUGGGAUUGCAAGCUGGCACCAUGCCCAUGAAGCUACUUUUAUUGGAUACUUCUUCCAGAGCCCCAGACCCAGGAGGCCCAAGUAGCUGGAACUGACCCUCAGGCAGCAAGACCUCAAAGGAAGAGUGAAAUUCCGGCUUACAGCUGUACAUCACCCCGAGUGGGGCUCCUGUCAGGAGAAAAGACCAUCACCCAGGAAGCGGCUCAGCGGCAGCUGCUCCAUGAGGAGCUGAAGCUGGUCCUACAGCAGAAGGAGGAGAGGAAACAGGAGCCUGAGCCCCAGGUGACUCUCUGCAGAGCUAUGGAGGCCAGGAGCCGCAGCGCUGAGGAGCUGAGACGAGCGGAGUUGGUGGAGAUUAUCGUGGAGACAGAGGCGCAGACCGGGGUCAGCGGCUUCAAUGUAGCAGGCGGCGGCAAAGAAGGAAUCUUUGUCCGCGAGCUGCGAGAGGACUCACCGGCCGCCAAGAGCCUCAGUUUGCAGGAAGGGGACCAACUUCUGAGCGCCCGUGUGUUCUUUGAGAACUUCAAAUAUGAGGAUGCACUACGCCUGCUGCAAUGUGCCGAGCCCUACAAGGUCUCCUUCUGCUUGAAGCGCACUGUGCCCACCGGGGACCUGGCACUGCGGCCCGGGACGGUGUCUGGAUACGAGAUGAAGGGCCCGCGGGCCAAGGUGGCCAAGCUGAACAUCCAGAGUCUGUCCCCUGUGAAGAAGAAGAAGAUGGUGAUUGGGACCCUGGGGACCCCUGCAGAUUUGGCCCCUGUUGACGUCGAGUUCUCUUUUCCCAAGUUCUCCCGAUUGCGUCGGGGCCUUAAAGCCGAUGCUGUCAAGGGACCUGUCCCAGCUGCCCCUGCCCGACGACGUCUCCAGCUGCCUCGGCUACGUGUCCGAGAAGUAGCUGAAGAGGCCCAGGUAGCCCGAAUGGCUGCUGCUGCUCCUCCCUCUAGGAAGGCCAAGUCAGAGGCUGAGGUAGCCACAGGGGCUGGAUUCACAGCCCCUCAGAUAGAGCUAGUUGGGCCUCAGCUGCCUAGCGCAGAGGUGGGUGUCCCUAAGGUCUCAGUUCCCAAGGGAACCCCAUCAACAGAGGCAGCCAGCAGCUUUGCCCUUCACCUGCCAACCCUUGGGCUAGGAGCCCCAGCUGCACCGGCUGUGGAGCCCCCAACCACAGGAAUCCAGGUCCCGCAAGUGGAACUCCCCACCCUGCCCUCUUUACCCACUCUGCCCACACUUCCGUGCCUAGAUACCCAGGAAGGGGCUGCAGUGGUCAAAGUCCCCACCCUGGAUGUGGCAGCUCCGUCUGUGGAGGUGGACCUGGCUUUGCCAGGUGCAGAGGUGGAGGCCCAGGGAGAGGUACCUGAAGUGGCUCUCAAGAUGCCCCGUCUCAGUUUCCCCCGUUUUGGGGUUCGAGGGAAGGAAGCUACUGAAGCCAAGGUAGUCAAGGGCAGCCCUGAGGCCAAAGCAAAGGGUCCCAGACUUCGAAUGCCCACCUUUGGGCUUUCUCUCCUGGAAUCCCGGCCCUCUGGCCCUGAAGCUGCUGCUGAGAGCAAGCUGAAGCUACCCACCCUCAAGAUGCCCUCUUUCGGCAUCAGCGUAGCUGGGCCUGAGGUCAAGGCACCCAAAGGGCCUGAAGUGAAGCUCCCCAAAGUUCCUGAGAUCAAACUCCCGAAAGCGCCAGAGGCAGCCAUUCCAGAUGUGCAACUCCCCGAGGUACAGCUGCCCAAAAUGUCAGACAUGAAACUUCCAAAGAUCCCUGAGAUGGCUGUACCCGAUGUUCACCUUCCGGAAGUGAAGCUGCCCAAAGUCCCCGAGAUGAAAGUCCCAGAAAUGAAGCUUCCGAAGAUCCCGGAGAUGGCCGUGCCUGAUGUACACCUUCCAGAUAUACAGCUCCCGAAAGUUCCCGAGAUGAAGCUCCCAGACAUGAAGCUCCCGAAGGUGCCUGAGAUGGCCGUGCCUGAUGUACACCUUCCAGAUAUACAGCUCCCGAAAGUUCCCGAGAUGAAGCUCCCAGACAUGAAGCUCCCGAAGGUGCCUGAGAUGGCCGUGCCUGAUGUACGAAUCCCGGAAGUUCAGCUACCCAAAGUGUCCGAGGUGAAGCUCCCGAAGAUACCGGACAUGGCCGUACCUGAUGUUCGCCUCCCAGAGCUGCAACUGCCCAAAAUGUCUGAGGUGAAGCUCCCGAAGAUACCGGACAUGGCCGUACCUGAUGUUCGCCUCCCAGAAGUUCAGCUACCCAAAGUGUCAGAGCUGAAGCUCCCGAAGGUGCCUGAGAUGACCAUGCCUGACAUUCGCCUCCCGGAAGUUCAGCUGCCCAAAGUGCCUGACAUUAAACUUCCAGAAAUAAAACUACCCAAAGUGCCUGAGAUGGCCGUGCCUGAUGUCCCCCUUCCAGAACUACAGCUGCCCAAAGUGCCACAGGUCCCAGACGUGCAUCUUCCCAAAGUGCCAGAGAUGAAGUUGCCCAAGGUUCCUGAGGCACAGAGGAAAUCUGCAGGGGCGGAGCAGGCAGAAAAGACCGAAUUUAGCUUCAAGUUGCCCAAGAUGACUGUGCCCAAGUUGGGGAAAGUGACCAAGCCUGGGGAGGCAGGUAUUGAGGUUCCAGACAAACUCCUGAUACUUCCCUGUCUGCAGCCAGAGGUGGGCACUGAGGUGGCCCAUGUUGGUGUCCCUUCCCUCUCUCUCCCUUCUGUGGAGCUUGACUUGCCUGGGGCCCUGGGCCUGGAGGGACAAGUCCAAGAAGCUGUCUCUGGCAAAGUGGAGAAGCCAGAGGGCCCCAGGGUGGCAGUAGGGACUGGAGAGGCGGGCUUCCGCGUGCCCUCUGUGGAGAUUGUCACUCCUCAGCUGCCCACGGUUGAAGUCGAGAAAGAGCAGCUAGAGAUGGUGGAGAUGAAAGUCAAACCCACUUCCAAGUUCUCUCUGCCCAAAUUUGGACUUUCAGGGCCCAAAGCUGUCAAGGCAGAGGCGGAGGGGCCUGGGCGAGCCACCAAGCUGAAGGUAUCCAAGUUUGCCAUCUCGCUUCCCAGAGCUCGAGCAGGGACUGACGCGGACGCGAAGGGAGCUGGGGAAGCGGGGUUGCUGCCUGCCCUCGAUCUGUCCAUCCCACAGCUCAGCCUGGAUGCUCAACUGCCCUCAGGCAAGGUGGAGGUAGCAGGGGCUGAGAGCAAGCCUAAAGGGUCCAGAUUUGCUCUGCCCAAGUUUGGGGCGAAAGGCCGGGACUCUGAAGCCGACGUACUGGUGGCAGGGGAGGCUGAGCUGGAGGGGAAGGGUUGGGGCUGGGACGGGAAGGUGAAGAUGCCCAAGCUGAAGAUGCCAUCUUUUGGGCUGUCCCGAGGAAAAGAAGCAGAAAUUCAGGAUGGGCGUGUCAGCCCAGGAGAAAAGCUGGAAGCCAUAGCUGGGCAGCUUAAGAUCCCUGAGGUGGAACUGGUCACACCAGGAGCUCAGGAGACAGAGAAGGUCACCAGUGGAGUGAAGCCAUCAGGCCUCCAGGUGUCCACCACUAGGCAGGUGGUUGCAGAGGGCCAGGAGGGGGCGCAGAGGGUGUCCUCAUUAGGUAUCUCUUUGCCCCAGGUGGAACUGGCCAGCUUUGGGGAGGCAGGCCCUGAGAUCGCAGCCCCAUCUGCAGAGGGCACAGUAGGCUCUAGGAUCCAGGUGCCACAGGUGAUGCUGGAGUUGCCGGGAACCCAGGUGGCAGGGGGUGAUCUGUUAGUGGGUGAGGGCAUCUUCAAGAUGCCCACAGUGACAGUGCCCCAGUUAGAGCUGGAUGUGGGGUUGGGCCAUGAAGCCCAGGCUGGUGAAACAGCCAAGAGUGAGGGCGGGUUAAAGCUGAAGUUGCCCACACUGGGGGCAGGAGGCAAAGGAGAGGGUGCUGAGGCCCAGAGCCCCGAGGCCCAGCACACCUUCCACAUCUCAUUGCCUGACGUAGAACUCACAUCACCAGUGAGUAGCCACGCUGAGUACCAGGUGGUUGAGGGCGAUGGGGAUGGCGGGCACAAACUCAAGGUGCGGCUGCCCCUGUUUGGUCUGGCAAGGGCCAAGGAAGGAAUAGAAACUGGAGAAAAGGUUAAAAGUCCAAAGCUCAGGCUACCCCGAGUGGGCUUCAGCCAAAGUGAGUCGGCCUCUGGAGAAGGCUCUCCCAGUCCUGAGGAGGAGGAAGAAGGCAGUGGGGAAGGGGCUUCCGGUCGCCGUGGUCGGGUCAGGGUCCGCUUGCCUCGUGUAGGCUUGGCUUCCCCUUCUAAAGGCUCUAAGGGACAGGAGGGUGAUGCGGCCUCCAAGUCCCCAGUUGGGGAGAAGUCCCCCAAGUUCCGCUUUCCUAGGGUGUCCUUAAGCCCCAAGGCCCGGAGUGGGAGUAAGGACCGGGAAGAAGGUGGAUUCAGGGUCCGACUGCCCAGUGUGGGAUUUUCAGAAACAGCAGCUCCAGGCUCCGCCAGGAUUGAGGGGACCCAGGCUGCUGCCAUCUGAAGCCCUGGGACAGCUGUGGAUUCCCCCUCUUGUCUUCCCAUCCCCAUCCCUGCUCCCCAUUUUAUGUGUGACAUUACUAGCACUAAUCCUCAGAGGGCUUGAAGGUGGGCAGCUGACUCAGGCAGGAGCGGUCUGUGCCACCUCAUUGGCUGACGUGCCUGUAUAUCAUGCCAAGCUCUGUGAAUAAAAUAAUUCAAAAGUU